AUGCAAACGGAUAGUGAAUGUGAAUCAGAUGUUUCAUCCUUAGCGGAUUGUUCAACUGGAACUUUAUCUCGUGAACAUUUAUUAAAACGCAUUGAAUCACUAAUGCAAGAAAAUCGAGUACUCAAAGUUGAGGUUGAAACAUAUAAGCUAAGAUUAAAAGCAGCACAAGAAGAAAUUAAACAAUUAAAACAUGUCAGUGUUAAUAUUCAAGCACGUGCUGAACAAGAAGAGGAAUUCAUCUCAAAUACAUUGUUAAAAAAAAUUCAAGAAUUAAAAAAAGAAAAAGAAACAUUAGCCAAUAAUUAUGAACGUGAAGAAGAAUAUUUAACAAAUGAUUUAUCACGAAAAUUAUUACAAUUGCGUGAAGAAAAACAAAAUCUUGAACAAACAAUCGAACAAGAACAAGCAUCACAAGUAAAUAAAUUAAUGAAACGAAUUAAACGUUUAGAAGCCGAAACAAUGACAAAACAAAAUACAUUAGAACAAUUAAAACGUGAAAAAAUUGAGUUGGAAAAUACGUUAGAAAAAGAACAAGAAUCACUCGUGAAUAGAUUAUGGAAGAGAAUGGAAAAAUUAGAAACAGAUAAACGUUUAUUACAAGAAAGAUUAGAUCAACCAAAUAACGAUAAUAAUAAUGUUAAUCCAACAUCAAGUGUUGCGGCAACCAUUGAUCCAUCAUCAUCACCUGUGCAUCAUCAUUUAAGUCUUCAUGAUGACGCUGUGCCAACAACGCCCACAAAUCAAACUCAUCCUCGUGUAAUUCAAUCGCCUCGUCUUUCUUUACCUAACAUUGAUCAUAUCACUCAGUUACGACGUGAAGUCGAAAAAUUAAAACGUGAACUUUUACAUACACAAGAGCAACAUCGUGAAAAGAUGGAACACUAUUUACGAGAAGAGCGAGAUAUUCGAAAUGAAAAUUUGAGAUUACAAAGAAAAUUACAAUUGGAAGUUGACCGCCGUGAACAGUUAUGCCGUCAAUUGAGUGAAAGUGAAUCGUCAUUAGAAAUGGAUGAAGAACGUCAAUUAAAUGAACGAAUUAAAUUAGGUGGAACAACAACAUCAGAACUCAUGAACACAAGUAGUGGAACAAGCAGUACAUGUAAUCUGAAACAACAGUCAUCCACAUCGUCAUUACCAAAAACACAUGUUCACCCUUCAUCUUCAUCAUUAUAUCAACAACGUGUAACACGAGCAAGAACAGUAUCAUCGCCAUCCAAUUCCAGUGGCGAACAACAAAUAACGGGAUUAUCAACAGAUCUAUUAAGCGCAAUUGGUGGACCAUCUUCAACUGUUCAAAAUCUGUCAAAUCGUCUUUCAAUUCCAACGUCAAUGAGUGAAUUAACAUCUUCUACCGCCUUUCAAAAACCAUGCACUACCACAGCACAGACUCGUCGACAACAGCGAAGUCUACGAACAAAUAUUCAACAAGAUCAUAGUAUGGACGAAAAACGUACAGGAAAUGAACUAAAUGGCCGACUGGUAUUGUUAAUUACAAAAAAAUGGUUUCCAAAUGCUGCUGAUAUGACAAAUAUCGACUAUUGGCGUCCAGCGUCUAUGGAAUGGGGCUUUUACGAUCCUUUGAUGGCCGGUAGUAUCGAUGGAACAGAUGUCGAAGCACAUGAUCGAGCUAUUCUACGAGCAUACAACACAAAAUACAAAAAACCAUUGCACGUAAACACGAAAAACACAUUAUUCAUUUCACGAUUACCACCAACAUGUACUGACACAGGUCUAGAGCAAAUGUUUGAAAAAAAGACUAUCAAAGUUCAUUUUAUUCGUGAUGUGGUCACAUGUGAACCGAAGGGCUACGCAUUUAUUGAAAUGGAAACGCGAGAAGAUGUUUACGAUGCAUUGAACAAAGAAUGGCGUUAUGAAGGUCAUUUGUUGUUGGUUGAACCGUGUUAUUCUCCACUGGUUGGAUGGAAACCUCGACGAUGUGGUGGAGGUCUUGGAGGGAAACGUGAGUCGGGACAACUAAGAUUUGGAGGCAGAGAUCGACAAUUUCGAAAACCAUAUCGCGUAUCUGAGCAAUUUCAGCAGCGACUGGAACAAUUAAAAGAAAAUGUUCGAAAACAAGAAGAAGAAGAAGAGAGAAGAAAGAAAAAACACGAAUAUGAAACAUCGAGAAGUAAAAAUCAAUCAAAACAUGUCUCACCAUCUCCAUCAUCAACCGAAAAUACACAUCGACAACAUAAACAAAAGAAAGCUAAACGAAAACGAUCAAAUUCAUAUGAUAAAGUAUCGCCAUCGAAAAAAGAACAUAAGAAGAAAAAACAUAAAAAAGAGCAUCGUCAUCAUUCUCAUAAAAAAUCCGGCGUCUCUCAAAUAUCGACAACAUAA